AUAAUGGGGUUGCUGAUUUCUUAGCUUCCCUUGCAGUUCAGACUGAGAGGAAUUCUGAAUUCUCUGUCAGUGGUGCUUUGCCACUUGCUGGGAGGUUGAUUCUGCAACAGGAUCAGAGCAGGUUGCCUACUGUCAGAUUAAAGAGAAUGAUUGCGGUCAAAGACAGGGAGUUGGAUGAUGUAUUUUGGUUUCUAAAUUGGGGUCUGUUCAGGGGCAGACGGCUGUAUCUGCCAGUUGGUCUGGUGUCCUAG